UACUGAACGAGUGAGAGAAAGAGGUUGUCAAAGCCAAAAAAAAAAAACAAAAACAAAAAAGUAGAUAAUGUCAUUACCCUUCAUUUGCGCGCGUCAGUUUGCCCGUUCGUCAAGAGCCAUUAUUGUGCGCCAUGCUCACAAGAAAGCAUCGAUCCCAGUACGACUCAAUGAAUAUAUUGAAGGUGUUGGUCUUCAAGACGAAAUCGUGUCUGUUCGACCCGGUCUGAUGCGCAAUACCCUAUUCCCUAGUGGAAAGGCAAGCUAUGUCAAAGCAUUCGAAGGUCCCCGUAAUCGGCAGCUGGAACAGCAGCAAAAGGCAUCAGCUGAACAGUUAAAGGCCGAUCAGGUAACGGGUGCUGCUCAAGAAGCCAGCAAGCGUCAAGCACAAGCCAGCCAAGUAGAAUCGAUUCUUUCGGGUGUUACUGCACUUGAAUUCAAGCGCGCUGUGAUCCCUGAAACCACCAACACUUUUGGAUCUGUCACUGCUGAUGAUUUGGCAAGCAAGCUCAAGGAGGAUUAUGGAUUGAAUGUGGAUAAGCAAUUGAUUCAGUUCAAGACGGAGCGUAUCAAAUCGCUGGGUGAGCACGAAGUCGUUGUCCAGGUCGCCGGAUCGCCUGUCACUCUCAAGGUGGUGGUUGAUGCUGCCUAAACUUUUCACCCUGUACGCCUCUUUCAUACACACAUACACACACACACACACACAUACACACACAGCACAUUUGAUCUUUCUCGCUAUCUGUUCUUCCAUUCGUACUUUUUCUUCUUCUU